AUGGCGACUAAACUGGGACUCAUUUUUUUGAUCAUUUGUGCUUGUAGCCUCCUUGAAGCCAAGCAAAUUCUUUCUAACCAAAAUUCGGAAAGUAAUAACUUUAAGUGCGAUAUAUGCAAAAGUGCCGUGGGGAAAUUGAUUCAAUAUAUGAACAAGGAUAAUACUGAGAAACAAAUUGUUCAAUUUUUCAAUGGUCUUUGCGCAGCCAUCGGUGGCGAUACUCAACAAGAGAACCCGGAACAAUUAUGUAAACUGGGCCAGUUAUGUUCCACUGGGGAUAUCGAGGAUCAAAUCGAUCUGCAACAAUUAUUAGGAUCCGAUGCCAUUCGAUCUAUCUUAGCUUCUGAUCAAAUUGGGAACAUCUUAGCACCAGGUCUUGUGAGUGAUGUCAAGCAGCCAGCAAAAACGCUGGCUGGUAGUGCUAAUUCCUUAGAAUGCAUCGUUUGCUCCGUAGUUGUUGAUGAAGUCGAACGUUAUUUAAGAAAUAAAAACACUGAGCAAAACAUUAUCUCAUUUGUGGACCAAUUAUGCAAAUAUCUUCCUGGAGAUUCUAGUAAAAAGUGCGAAAAGUAUGUCAAGCUCUUUGGGCCUGUAGUCUUGCAAGCUUUAUUACAAACUUUGCCAGCCAAUAAAGUCUGUGGCUCUUACCUAAACUUCUGCCCGAAAUCCUCACUCGAUUCUCAUGAGAUGAGUGUUCCUGCACAACAUGUAUCUGGGCCGUGCGUUUUCUGUGAAGCUGGAGUGAUGUAUAUUGACGGUCUACUCCGAAUAAAUCAAACGAAGACUGAUAUAUACAAUGCCUUAGUCAAGCUCUGCAGCGCUGUGCCUUAUGGAAUGUUACAAGCUGAUUGCGAUAAUUUCGUUGAAAAACAUGGAACAGCUGCAAUCAGGAUGAUCACUUCCGGUAUUGCCCCUCUGGGAGUUUGCAAGGAGUUUGACCUCUGUCAAAAGUCUGAAAUGGCACUCCAUAAAUUGGAUGUUUGUCGAUUUGGUUAUAAAUUUUGGUGCGGGAGCAAAACUGCGGCCCUUUACUGCAAGAUGAGAACUGGUGCACAAAAUGGAAGUUCGUUUUCUGAAAUGCUUCAGAUAGGCAUUCCUCCAUGGUUUCGGUUAGCUUAG